CCCCAGCUCCUGCUUCCCCUCUGUCUCUGCAGACACACCUGCUGCCAUGGUGAAUGAGCAGCACCAUGGCACCCUGCUUGUGCAGCUGGGGCCCACGCUGCAGGCCCGCCCAGAGAAGCUGCUGCGGCAGCGGCGAGGCCGCGACGAGCGGCCGGAAUACCUGGUGCGGUGGAGCGUCCUCGGCUCGGAAGAGAGAGCGGCGGGAGGCAGCAGCGCCUGCCCUGCAGAGAGCAGGGCCGAGAGCAUCUCCCUGUGGAUGUCUGCAGAAGAGGUGCGCGCCAGCUGCCCGGCGCUGCUGGGCCAGAGGAGGCCGGAGGGGCCGAGGCAGGAGAAGGCGGCCGGUCCCUGCUCCGCGGCCGUCCCGCGGGACGAAGCCGCGCUGGACGAAGCCUCGCUGCUGGAGAUGAAGGCCGACGUCAGGAGCCUGGUGCGGCGAGCCGGGCGCCAGCUGGCCGAGGCCGGGACCCCCGCGUGCUCCAUCCUGGGCACGGUGCGCGUGCUGGGCGCCUACGCCGGCAUCGGCUCCCUGGCGGGCGCCUUCAGGGAGGCGGGAGCCCUGGAGCUGCUGACGGCCAUGCUGUGCCACCGGGAGGAGCGGAUCCGCCGCGGUGCCGGCGAGAUGCUGCGCGCUCUGGGCGCUCAGGACGCAGGUGGGGGCUGCUCCUGCUCGGUGCCACUCAGGGGUGCUGGGCACUGAGGGGUGCCAGGCCUU